AUGGAGCUCAUAGAACAGCGCGGUGGAACACCUGCGUGUGAGAUCAAAGACCAGUUUGGUCUUGAUGGGUGGCUGUAUGGAGGAAAGCCACAAAACAACCACUCUAAGGGGAAGGAGAAAGAGAAGAUUGUUAAAGGAAAAACUGGAUUGUCAGAAGUUAACUCCAGCUCACUCAAAGCCAAGAACAAUAACACACCCGCCAGACCAAUAAUGCUGUCCAAGGAAGCAUUUGAAAGAGUGCUUGACAUGGCUUGGAAUGGCAUUGUGGCCAAAGAGUUAGCCAAAGAAAAGGGUAAAAAGCUACGCGCAGAGAUUAGGAGAGGUACACAGCUGGAGGGAUUAGAUGCAAGGGGUAAUGCAUUGGAUGAGGACAGCUCAGAGGAUUAA